AUGUCGAACAGUGGACCGAGCAUGACCCGGUGUCUAGCGUGUGGAACAGUGAAUCUGCGGAUCCUUUUAGCGUUUCGUUACCGCAAAAAGAAAAAAGAAGAAAUGGCGCUCCGCCCUUUAGGGUCACUGGAUGUUCUUCACAACGACUCCAUAAAACUAGACUGGAUGUUUCGACAUUCCCUGAUUAACGAUAUUGUUAAGGGCGUAUACUACCUUCAUAGUGGGGAAAUAGGAACCCACGGGCGACUCCGGUCUACAAACUGUGUUGUGGACAGCCAUUUUGUCCUCAAAGUAACCGAUUUUGGUCUCCCAUCUUUUCGUGAAGAAGAAAACUACAGCGAAUACGAUUUUAGGGACCAGAAAAAGUUACUUUGGAAAGCACCCGAACUUCUAAAGUUAACCCACUGUCCACCUAAUGGAACACAGAAGGGAGAUGUGUACAGUUUUGGAAUAAUUCUCCAAGAAAUCGUUUUGAGAGAAGACCCAUUCUACCCACACACGGAAAUAAUGGACUUAUCUA